AGCUUAUGGUUUCCCAGUGUGGUUGUUGGCUUUACUAGGAGGACAUGUAGUUUGUGCAGAGUUUACGUUCCAAAAGAAUUAUUUCGGGGCUGUGUAGUAAAGAACCCUGCCAGAUUGUGAUCCAUUUCAUCCGAAGGGAGAUAAGCGAUGUAAGCGUAUUUAGUGCGCAUGCGCGAAUUCCUGAGCACCUUCCUGCCAAAUAGUGAUACAAGCUUAGGCCAGGGCUGUGACACCCAGCGGAUCAGCGCUCGGGCAGGGACCCAGUGCCACACAUUCCUGCUAUUGCCAGAAAUUAUACAUGCACUAAUCCGCUCUGAAAGCCGCCUCUACCGACCUCGGCACUUUGGGGGUUAUGUUUCCACCGCUGCUUUUUUUUGUCAUCUGUAUUUGCACUGACGCUAUCAUCAUCGUUUUAGAGGUUUAUCCCGAAUUAGCGUUGUGAUGACUUGGAGGAAAUGACCUAGAGGCCUUACAGUUACAUUGUGUGCAUUCUUGCUCCAGACUACCAUCCACAGAAGAUUCAAUCUGGAAACUGCACUUGUUUCCGUUGUAACAUUAUUAACUACCUCAAUAAACACAGAGGAAGAGGAGGGAGCUUCCAACAGCAAAUCUCUUGUUUUACCAACUUGCAUUCAGAUUGUCUCUCUGAUCAGAGAUGAGAAGGACACAAUAUUAAGGGCACUUCGAAUUUUGCAGACUGGAUCUGCUAGAGAUUAAACAUUUUUUUUUUAUUUUUAAUUUUGUUUUGCUGUUUUUUUUGUCUGUCUGUUUUGUUUCUGCGAAUGAAGAAGGUUUUCAUCGCUGUUGAUCAGUGUUUUUGUUCCCUGAGGAGGAGUGGAUUCCAUAUAUGAAGCUCCAAGUUGCUUGGCAUUUAAAGGAUUAUUGAAGUCCCCCCCCCUCUUAAUUUUCUUGCUUUAGACUAAUUAAUGUCCCUUGGCUGGCACUGAACAAUUUAUUCAGCUUGUACUUUUGUACUUCUCUUGUCUGCAGCUGUUUGAAGGGUCAAUACAGUACUUAAAAAACAAUUACUUCAGCUGGCUUCAAAAAUACAAGUUGUGAACUGCAGCAGGACUGCAAGGAAUACUACAAAAUUCUUAAGUCAGGAAAAUCACUGCCUUUAUCACUGCUUAUAAAGAUUACCCAGAGCCUGCCUUUUGGAAAUGCCUUUUACAAAACCUGUGUAUGCUAACUUCCUUUAUUAUUUGACAUAGCCGGUCAACUGAAGUUGUAUUUCUGUGGCACAGCAAGUUAACUUAGGUAGCCUGUGAAUUGUAGGACACAUAUGUAUUGCUGCAGUGCUCAGGAAAGUAAAAUGGACUACAAGAGGCGGUUUUUGCUUGGCGGGUCCAAGCAGAAGGGGCAGCAACACCAGCAGUACCAGAUGCCAGAGCUCAGCCGGACUCUGAGUGCACCUUUAGCAUCCACAACUGCAGCGCCAUCCCUACUUUCCUUGGGUAAUAGUGGCAGUUGCCCACAUUCUUCAGCCCAUACCACCCCUAUUGCAGACAUCCAGCAGGGAAUCUCUAAGUACCUGGAUGCUCUUAAUGUUUUCUGCCGCGCCAGCACUUUCCUUACAGACCUUUUCAGCAGCGUUUUCCGAAAUUCGCACUACUCUAAGGCAGCUAUGCAACUGAAAGACGUGCAGGAACAUGUCAUGGAGGCCGCCAGUCGACUUACAGCAGCAAUAAAACCAGAGAUUGCAAAAAUGUUGAUGGAGCUAAGUGCUGGAGCUGCUAACUUUAAAGAUCAGAAUGAGUUCAGUCUGCAGGACAUAGAGGUACUUGGUCGCUGUUUUUUGACAGUGAUGCAGGUUCAUUUUCAGUUUCUAUCCCAAGCUUUGCAAAAAGUUCAGCCAGUAGCCCAUUCAUGUUUUGCUGAGGCAAUUUUACAAGAGCGGAAGAGUUCUUCAGGAGCUUCAGAUCUGAACCCUACAAGAGAGAUGGAGGAGGCAGUGAGAUCCUGGAGAGGUGCUACGGAGGCUACAUGCCGUCUGCGUGAGAGGGGAUGUGAUGGCUGUUUAGCUGGAAUAGAGGUCCAGCAGCUUUUUUGCUCUCAAAGCUUAGCAAUACCAGACCAUCACUUGAAGGAGCUGAACAUGAAAAUUGACAGUACUUUACAGGCUUAUAAAAUAGCAUUGGAAAGUUUAGGUCACUGUGAAUACGCAAUGAAGGCUGGCUUUCACCUAAAUCCAAAGGCUAUUGAAGAACGUUUAAAGGACUGUUGUAACGAAGCUGAGGCACAGCAGGCAGGAAGGAGACAGACACCACCUCAGCCAAUACAGUGUGAGCUUCCAACCAUACCUGUCCAAAUAGGCCCCCACUUUUUGAAGGGAACAUCGUUUAAUGAGUCCACAACAGAGAAUCUUAAACUAAAAACGCAUGCAAUGCGACAGUUAAUUAAAGAUGCUGACGGACACAAUGGAAUUACUGACAGAGAUGAGACUGCGGUGACAGAGAUUCUCAAUCAAGUCUGUCCCUCUACCUGGAGAGGGGCUUGUAAAACUGCAGUGCAGUUAAUAUUUGGCCAAGCUGGACUGGUGGUAGUUGAUACGGCACAGAUUGAGAACAAGGAAUCGUAUGCUCCACAAAUUAGUCUUGAAGGUUUAAAAAUAGUUGUGCAAGUCCCAUCUACAUGGUGUUUGAAAGAGGAUCCAGCAACUAUGUCUCUGUUGCAGAGAAGUCUUGAUCCAGAAAAGACUCUUGGGUUGGUUGAUGUGCUAUACACUGCAGUAUUUGACAUCACAAGAUGGAAGGAAGGCCGUGAACAAGCAUUACCAAUCAUCCAAAUCCAAUUACAGCGUGAAUCAUCUGAAUUUGGAAAUCAAAUGGAUCUCCCACAUGGGAAUGGUAGUAAGUCAACAGGAGGACUUCAGAAGACUUUUUCUAAACUAACUUCAAGGUUCACAAAGAAGUCUUCAUGCAGUGGUUCAAGUCAUAGUGGAAGCUAUUCUGUUCCUCAGACACCUUCCAAAAAUAUCUUAACCACUAACAACUUAGAUGAAAAGGCAAAAAUCUCAAGUAGUAUGGACUCAAAGUUGCAAAGCAUCUUGAACAUUGGUAGUUUUCCCAGGCCCUUAGAUGCUUCACAUACUUCUCAGUGCACAAACAGCCAGUUAGUAAAUGGGUUCCUUGUUGACAGACGUGAAGAUCUGUUUAAGGGGGAUGAAAUGAAAGAUGAUAAAGGGAUGAAUUUGCCCACUGACCAAGAAAUGCAGGAUGUUAUAGAUUUUUUGUCUGGAUUUAACUUGGGUAAAUCUCAGCAGAGCUCACCUGUGGUCAAAAGAAGGAAUUCGACUACAUCAUCUGGAGCAACAGAGCAAAAACAGAGUACUGUAAAGCCACAGUCCCAGUCUGUGCCACAUGUUCCCAUACAUCCAACACCACAGGGAUUGCUGCAACAACCACCACAGCUGCAGCUGUCACAGAAGCAGCAGCUACAGUACUAUCAGCAUUUGUUUCAGCCAGCUGGUCAGCAGCAGCAGCAGCAGCAACAACAACAACAAACACCACAGUCUCAUGGACCAGGAAAAUGGCUGAAUAGUACCACACAGCAGCCAGCACAAAGUGUUGCAAGUGGAUUAUCUCCCCUUAACCAGAUGAACCAGUGGAAUAACCAGGGUGUGUCUGAUUUAAGUUCUGACUUGUACAGCUUGGGUCUUGUCAGCAGCAUCAUGGACAACAUGAUGUCCGAAAUGUUGGGACAGAAACCACAAGGACCUAGAAAUAACACCUGGCCAAACCGGGACCAAAGUGAAGGAGUUUUUGGGAUGCUGGGAGAUAUUUUGCCUUUUGAUCCUGCAGUUGGCUCAGAUCCUGAGUUUGCUCGGUAUGUGGCUGGGGUAAACCAAGCUAUGCAACAAAAACGGCAAGCACAGCAUAUCCGACGUCCAAGUAACACCCGUAGCAACUGGCCCCAUCCUGAUGAUUUGCACAGAACAUGGCCUUUUCCGGAAUAUUUUACAGAAGGUGAUGUAAUGAACAGUAGCUGGUCGGGUACUCAGGGCGACUCUGCCAGCUCGAGUGAUGAAACCUCCUCAGCUAAUGGAGACAGUUUGUUCUCUAUGUUCUCAGGGCCAGACCUUGUUGCUGCAGUUAAACAGAGGAGAAAACACAGUAGUGGUGAGCAGGACACUAGCACAUUGCCAUCACCACCUUUACUCUCCUCCGUAGAUGAUUUAAAUCAGGAGAAUAAAACCAAAACAUGGCCUCCCAAAGCUCCAUGGCAGCAUUCGUCUCCCCUCACCAACACAAUGCCCAAUCAGAGUUCUUCUAUUUACCAGAUGGCAAAUCCUGUUAGCCAGUGGAAUGACACAAUGCAAAUACUACAGUCACCAGUUUGGUCUACAGCCAAUGACUGCGCUCCUCCAACAGGGAUUUCCUCUACAUUUGCCUACGCACAGCAACAAUCACAGCAGGCAAAUAAGGGCUUUAAGUCUUUCCCAAUGAAGCAUGAAAGGAGACCCUCAUACCUGCAUCAGUUCUGACAGUGGCGGCAAUGACAACAGCAAACGCAAAUAUAGACAAGCUGUCUAUGUAACACCAAUAUGUCUGCUUUGUUUCUGGCAAAUCCACUCUCUAGAAACAACUUAAAUUUUUGUAGUUUUCUAAAUAUGUAAGAGUGAGUUUGUAAGUGUUCUGACCUUGUGUUGAGCAGAAGAGAAACAAACGUGUAGCCACGUCUUAUGUAGAGAGCAGGCAACUGCUUUAUACACACACAGGUUGUGCUUAGAUAUGAAAAAAGCACAUUUAACUAUGUGAGGGGGCUUUCUCCCCUUCUUGAAAUGCUCUAGCUUUUGGUUGCAGUUGUGAUGGUCUGAUCUUUUCUCAGCAAAACAUGCCUCUUUUUGCUAAUUUAAAAGCUAGUUUUGAAUUUUGUAUAACAGAAGAUUCAAAAACAGACAUUUUAUUGUCUAACACUAUGGGCCACGCUGGCCUUUAUUGACUGUUGAAACCUCUCAUGGUAUGUUUUGCAUCAUUAUGUGUGUGGAAAAGUGUGAAAGGUUACAUGCAACAAUACUACUACCCAUGUGCUUGGUGUUGUGAGCUCGGUGUGUAAGAUCUACCAGUUGUUUGGCAUGUUUGUUUUUAAUUCUGAUGUCCAGGGAGUCGUUUGAAGUCAUUGUCUGUGAUGCUUUCCUAAGGUUCUGAGCCCAGGCAAAUGAAUUCAUGGAAUGAAUAGUUGGGGUGCAGUACUUAAGCAACUAGAAGAACAAAUUUCCAGCCUUUGUGGCAGUGCAUCAAUCACAAAGGCUUUAAAUCAGAAUAAAUGUUUUUUUUUUUUGUUUGUUUUUUUUUAAACAUAUACUCCUGGCAUGAUUUAGUUGGAAAGGACACUAUGAAACAGUUGUUUAUUAAAGGGGAUGUAUACCAGAAAAUAACAUUCUACCAAGUGAAAAUAAAGUGUGAUUCCAAGCUUUUCAAUAUUCAUUCAUUCACUCAUUUUUAAGGGCUUUUAAGUUAUUUGUAAACACUGAUGCAGUUGUUAUUCUUCUUAUUCUUUGCCCUGCUGGUUCUGUCUCUUGAAACAUUGGGACUGGCUUAUCUGAGGUUAAAGCAAAACUCACCUCUGCUGUCAGAAGGGAAUUCCAACACAUUCUAUUUACUCAUAAUUAAGCCUCUGAAAUUCCCAUAAUAUGAACUCUCCAUUUCCCUUAUUGUUCAUCAUGCCCCUAAAUAUCUAAUAGAAAUGAAUAAUGAGCAAAGAUGGCACUAUAGUGAGUUUUGUUUUACCCUUUACAUAUGCUCCAAUGUAUCCUUGCAUGCUUCUUUGCAGGUCUGUUACUUAGCUGCCUUCUGUUACAUUAUGUCAGAAAUCAGAAUAGAAUGGGGGCAGAGAGAUAUUGCUAUCAAUAGCAAUUACAUAUACAAGUGACUUUAAUACCACUGAAAAUGUGUAAUUAGUGUGUAUUGUAAAGCUACUGAGAAUUAUAAUUAUAAUAAUUAUAUAAGGCUCUUUUCUGGCCUUACUUUCCCUUUAAAGGUUUCAAGAAAUAGUCUUUGUUAGGAAUACAACCGGGUUUAAUAAAUCAGAUGGUGCUGUUUGUUACACACUUGGAAAUAGCCCUUCCAUUCCAUUAUGCAGCUGCUCUUGAUAGAGGCGCCCAUCUGGUCCCUGUGUCAUAGGCCUUCUGUCGACAACCAGAGUAUUGCUUCAGAUCUCUGCUACUAUGCCAAGGCCAUAUUAUUGCAGAAGGAGAAAGCAAGUGCUCUGUUUAUGUCAUUGGGCACAAAGGUGUGUGACAUUAUUUUGUGACUUUUGCUCCAGUGCGUGUGCGUACUGCAGAAACCAAGAAGCUUGGGAAUCUUUAUUAAGUAGUGUGGCUUGCUUCCUGCCCCUAAAAGCCAUGGCAUCAGUUAGCUGUCACUUCUUUAGUAGGUCAUAGAAUGGAAGGGCACUACAUGACAAAUAAAAGCUGAAACCAGCUUGCUGUUGAGCACUAUCCCAACAGGCAUCACAUGCCGCCUUUAUAACCCUCCUCUUUGAGGUAUAUCACUUCCUUUUUGUGACUUUGUAACAUUCACAUUUUAUAUAUAUAUCUAUAUAUCUAUCUACCUUUGAUAUCGUUCUGUAUGGCCAAAUACAUUAUGCACACACAGUUCCUGAUGUACCUGAAAAUACUUCUAGGAUAUUUAAAUCUUUUAAUUUUCUUUAGGAGAAAAAAAAACGUGAGCUGGCUCAGACAAAAAAAAAAAAUAUAUAUAUAUAAUAGUAAAUUAAAGGAAAAGUAGCAUAUAGGUGAAAUUAAAAGAAGCUAUAUUUUUAAAGGACUGAGCAUAAUGUCACUUAGUAUAUAUAAAUAUAUAUAUAUGUGCCAUGGAAACUGAUCAACCUGUGGAAUUAGGAAUCUUCUUCCAACCAAAGUGCAUCGACACACGCUAAUGGUGCUUCACAGUGAAAUUAAAAAUCCAAUAUGUACAUAGUAUAUCCCAUUUUAUCUUACUCCAGGUUCAGAUAUUCUUUAUAUAAGUUUCUAUGUAUUUAAAAAGAAAUUGUCAUUUCAUCUUUUGAAAAAAAAGUCUAACAGUUAAAAAAAAAAUCCAUAUUUUCUAGUAUGAAAAAAACCUAUUGACAGUAUUAAUCUUAUUUUUGUAUUUUCUUAAAUUGUUAUAUCACUAAUAUAUGUUAACUCAUUGAGUAACAAGUUGUGUUUCUAGACGCGUAUUGCCACGCAAACGAUGGAAAUGUUAAAGCACAUUUUUGUUUUUUCACUCUUCUAUUUUUUGUUUUUCUUACAGAUUUAAAGUUUUAUCUAUUAUACCAAAAAUAUGUAGAGGAAAAAAAUAGAACGUACAGAAAAAAAAAAGGAGAAUUAAACACUAAACUAUUUAAAAAGUAGAGAGAAUGGGGUAUUUGCAUCCCACUCCCCCCCCCCCAAAUGUUUUGUACAGUAAUAUGGGUUUGGUAGCAGGCCCAGAAUGUUACCUAUUGUGCUGUGUGAGAACGCCAAGGUUGCCUGUAUUUAUAUGGUCAUCUUUUUUUCUCAGUCCACAUUCUUUACCAUGUUUACAGAGACUUGUUUGCUGUAUAUAGACUUUUGUAGUGAUGUGCUUUGCACAAUCGGUGUGUUGCUUUUUGUCUGUGAUUUGUCACGAAGAUGUUCUUGUACUAAUUGUUUUGAAGAUCUCCUUACAAAGGCAAAGUGGUUGUUUCAGAUGAACAAAUGGUUUUCUUUCAGUUUCCGAGAUCCCUCAUUCUGUCCUGAAAUCCUUAUUUCCCCCAUCCCGUUGCACUUAUACCCCCCCUUAUUUUAUCAGAAGAAUUAUAGUCUUAUUAUUGGAUAGACGUAUAUAUUUGUAUGGAAACCGACGUCUGCAAAGUGCCAACCCAAUGGUAAACAGGCUAUAUAUAUUUUUUUUACUUGUAUUUUUUGAGUAUUCUAUAAUUAAAUGUGACUAAAGAAAGGAAACUGAAAUAUGAAACCAUUUUUAUAUACAUAAAAGCUUUGACCAUGUAGGUGCUAUGUUUUUUGCUUCCAAUAUUUUCUGAACACUGGUCUUUAUAACCCUUUUAAAAGCCCUUGGGUGUUGGAGGUCACCAAAACACAGGGCCUUUGUAGGACCCACAUGGGCAACACAAAGGAACCAGCAGGCCUCUGUGCAAGGCUUUUCUAGUCUGCUGGCAGUAGAAGAGUUAAACAGUGUUGCUCCUGGCAAAGGCAUCAUGCCAUAUCAUUUCACUUGGUUUCUUCACACUGCCGAGUGUAAGGGGUGUGGCUUAUACCACUAAAAGACCCCCCCCUCUAUUGCAAUGCUUCUUGUUUAUAGUUAAGACGUAUAAACUGGAACUGUAUAUUUUGUAUUUUACCUUUAAAGCUUCUGUAAGAUAAUGAUUGCUUUAUUAAAGAUAUACAUUUAUUA